UUUUCACUUUGGUGGAAAGCACAAAAAUAAAACAGAAUGGUACAAAGUCCCUGGGUAAAAUGGGAAAACAUAAUUCUAAAUUGAAACAUGAUAUCCUCGACAAGCUGACUUCAGAAACCUAUUUUUCGGAAAAAGAGAUCCGGCAAUGGCACAAAGGAUUUCUCAAGGAUUGUCCCAACGGCUUGCUCACAGAGCAAGGUUUCAUCAAAAUAUACACACAGUUCUUUCCCAAUGGUGAUCCUACGAAAUUUGCCUCCUUGGUUUUUCGAGUCUUUGACGAAAACCAGGAUGGGUCAAUUGAAUUCGAGGAGUUCAUUAGAGCUCUCUCUAUCACAUCAAGAGGAAACCUCGAUGAAAAACUUCACUGGGCCUUCAGAUUAUAUGACGUCGAUAAUGAUGGCUACAUAACUAGACAGGAAAUGUAUGACAUCGUUGAUGCAAUAUAUCAGAUGGUGGGCCAGGAACCUGUGAAUGAGGAUGAAAACACACCGGAGCUGAGGGUCAAGAAGAUUUUUGAUCAGAUGGAUAAGAACCAUGACGACAAAUUAACUUUGGAGGAGUUCAAAGAAGGAAGUAAAGCCGACCCUCGAAUCGUGCAAGCCUUGUCGCUGGAACCCGAUACUACUGGGAUAGCCUAAAUUCUUGAGCAAGUCGAUAAUGUCAGAUAUGUGAUGAUGCCUUUUGAAAUAAGAUAUUCUUUUCACCGAG